UAAUUAUUUAAUAUGUUAUUUCUUUCAAAAACGCAUCAAAAAAGCCCAAUUUUCUAAAGUGUGAUUAGGUGGAAGAACCCAAGAAGACAGCAAAAGUAAUAUGUACAGUAUGUACAUGUACACGAUAAGCUUGCAUCACCUUGCGAUCACACAUACGAUCGUCGUGGGACGUAUGACACAGGUAAAGCGUGAACAUGCAGUUCGAUUGAUCCUCAAUAUAAACCGCAUGGCCAUACACCGAAUGGCGGACCGCGCUCCACGGGACAAAAUUCUGAAGCUCAAUGUAGGAGGGGUGUUCUACACGACGGCCAAGUCCACCCUCACCUGUGUGUACGGGAGCUACCUUUGGAAGAUAGCCACGGGCGACCUGUACGUGAUGAGAGACGAGAAAGGGAGUCUGUUCAUUGAUAGGGAUGGAUACGUGUUCAGAUACAUUCUAAACUUUCUUCGGACGAAUCGACUGAUUGUUCCACAAGGCUUCAAAGAACUCCACAUGCUAAAAGAAGAGGCGAAGUUUUUCGGCCUGGAGGAUCUCAGCUCACAGGUGGAUAAAGUGAUUAAAUCUCGGAACCGGAAACCACGACCCCGACUGUCCCGGCGCUUAAGUAGAAGCUGGGGGUCUGACUUGACAAAGAUAUCCACGGACGAAAAUGGAUCGGUCAUUUUUGAAGACGAAGGAUCGGAUUUCUUUUAUGAUUAAUAUGCAAGGGGGGGGGGGGGGGGGUGUUCAGAACUGGACCCUUGUUAAUUGUUUGCAAUUGUGCAAAAAUAAUCAUUUUGUUCGAAACAGACUAUAGCGCUCAAUUCUUUUCGUUAACCAGCUGCAUUAUGUAGACUACUUUUCGAUUUUUUUCAUUUCUUCCGGAGAAGGCAGGCCUGUUGAUUAUUCUAACAAAAUAUACUGUGCCAGCUGGCGUUUUGUUGAAUUUGUUGUACAUAUAGCAAAUCGCGGCGGAUAAAGUUAGAUGUUGUAUGACUUGUAUAAAA